AUGGGAGCGGCGGCCAGCGAGGAAGAUGAGCCCAGCGGCUCUGCCCAACCUAGGCGACGCAAAGGAGAAGAGGCGAUGCGGGGAGGGGCCGACCUCGGCAGCUUCGGCAGGCGGCGGCAGCCGACUGCUGCGGAGGUGGUGGGGCGCCUCAAGGAUGACGGAGAUUUCGACGCCCUCCGCCGCGCCAUCGUCCGCAAGGUCAAGGACAACGAGGUGCUGCGCAACAACAUAAUCACAGAAGUGAAGCAGUCAAUGGUACUAAGUGAAGAUGGCUCUGAAAAGUUAAAGCUAAAAGAACUCUCUGAUGCGAUUUUUCAAGACAUAGGGAGCAAAAUAAUGGGUCAAAUAUCAGAUGAGGUGUGGAGUGUCAUCCAGUCAGGUGAAACUGAUAUCCGAGGAAGUGUGGAAGCUGUCUUUGAUAGGAUAAUGAACCCUGAACAGCAACAGGACACAGGGCCUUCUCCCAAGAAGCUGAAGAGAAAUGGCAAAGGAGAGCAAGUUUCGCCAGCAAAGGCAUCAGCCCCUGUUACUGUCCAGGUGGAAGAUGAUGAUCCAGAGGAACCACCAGGGUUUGGUUUGAGUGACCUUCAGCGCAGCAACAUCAUAGUAAAGCAGGAACAGCCAUGUGAUGAUGGGCAGAAUCAUGCCCAAGUGAAAUCAAAUGGUGGUGAGCUAGUCGCCGCUGGUAGCUUGGGGGACGUCGAUGAUGAGGAUCCUGAUGCACCUCCUGGAUUUGAUGCACCUCCUGGAUUUGGUUAA